ACCACUUCCGGGGUAUUUGACUCAGCGCUGAUCUGCCAAGAUGGCGGCGUCCUGUGCGCGCACCGUGGGAUCUCUCCUCGGGAAAUGUGGGACUUGCGCCUCUAAUAUCAACAUGAUCAAGUCCCGAUUGAGCCGACAGAUAUGUUCCAGCUCGGCUCUGCACCGGAAGAACCUGGCUGCGGCCGGACCGGAGAAGUUCACGGUGGAGUUCAUUCAGAAGCAGGUGGAGGAGUUCAACAUCGGCAAACGGCACCUGGCCAACAUGAUGGGGGAAGACCCCGAAAACUUCGCACAAGAGGACAUAGAUAGAAGUAUCGCCUACCUCUUCCCCUCGGGCCUGUUUGAGAAGAGGGCACGACCCCUGAUGAAGCAUCCAGAAGAGAUCUUCCCCAGACAAAGAGCCGUCCAAUGGGGAGAGGACGGACGCCCCUUCCACUUCCUGUUCUACACAGGCAAACAGUCGUACUAUUCGCUGAUGCACGAGAUCUACGCUAAGAUCCAGAGCCUGGAGAGGCAGCAGGACCGGCUGAGAGCCAAAGGACUGCUCGCCUCCGACACCAAGCCCCUCUCCCUGGGCAGUAGCAGGUGGAUUAUCAAGGAGGAGCUGGAGGGGAUCGUGAUGGAGACUGUGACGGAUCACGACUACCAGCGGUUCCUCCAGCUCAUGGAGCGUCUUGCGGGGCUGCCCCAGGCGGGGGCCGAGGGGGGCUGGGUGCUUCGCUUCCGGCAGCAGCUGGAGGCCCAGGCCAGCAGGCAGGCGGUGGCCGCGCUGCAGGCCGACGCCCAGGGGCGGGCCUUCAGCACGGCAGAGGGCCGGAGGAAGACCUCCAACAGUUCGGUGGUCCUGAGAGACGGAGGGUCGGGCCGUGCGACCGUCAACGGGUCGGAGCUGCUGUCCUACUUCCCAGUGUUCCAGGACAGGGAGCAGGUGAUGUUCCCGCUGCAGUUCGCGGGGGUCCUGGGACGCCUGGACGUGGAGGCGGAGGUGAGCGGCGGGGGGCGGUCCAGCCAGGCCGGGGCGGUGCGCCUCGCCAUCUCCCGGGCGCUGCUCGGCUUCCUGUCCGAGAGGGAGGUGGAGAACAUGAGACAAGCUGGGCUGUUGACCCCUGACCCCAGGGUGAGGGAGAGGGACAAGCCCGGCCAAGAAGGCGCCCGUAGGAAGUUCACCUGGAAGAAACGCUAAUUUACAUAAUUGGCGGGAAAACGGAGGACAACAAUGGCGGACGGGACGUGUGAGCAGAACUCGGGGAAGACGUGUGAAGAAAAAUUAACCGUGGCGUCCCUCGGUCACUAGAGGGCGGGCGAGGCCACGGCGCGAACGAACCCGGUGGUUUACUGUGGAUUUAUCAAUAAAUUAAGUUGUUUUUCAUACUA